AACGCAACCCUGCGGUCAAUAAACGCCACUUUAUGCAGCAUAAUAAAAAAUAAAUUUAUUGACAGAAAAUAUAGUUUUGUUGUGGUUGAAAAGUUGUUCGAGUAAUAAUGCAAAUUUUUGUCAAAUUUCAAAUCUGAACAACCGAUCCGACGAUGUCUGGUUCAGAUGGCGAAUUAACCGGCAGCGUAGAGUUGUCCUCGAAGUCAGCUUCACGCACAAAAGAGGCCGUGCCUAAAGUGAAAGACGGUGACUGGCUUUGUCCCGACUGUAAAAACUUGAAUUUCGCUAGACGAAACCAAUGUAAUAGGUGCAACAAGGAGCGCGUUCUGACGGACAGUGCAAAGAAAAAGUUGGGCUCCGAAAUCGGUAAGGCUGCUGCAGAGAAAAGUCGCGGUUUAUUUAGCGCCGAAGAUUGGGAAUGUGGAAAAUGCGGCAACGUUAACUGGGCGAGGCGUCAAAUAUGCAACAUGUGUAACGCGCCGAAAUUCACGGACGAAGAGCGAACAGGUUACGGUGGCGGUUACAAUGAGCGCGAACGAGUUGAGUACAAGGAACACGUUGAAGAGUCGGACGAUGAAUACGAUGAAUUUGGACGAAGAAAAAAGCGUGACGGAAAAGCGGCACCGACAAAAGCAAUAUCGAUCGAAUCACAAAAGAAGACUGAACCAGCGGCAGCCAGGAUACGAGACAGUGACGAAGAGGAAAGUGACGAGGACAGUGAUGACGGCGAUCUCGCCAAAUAUGAUCUGUGGGGCGAUGACGACGAAGAUAUUCCCAAUUCAAAUUCGAAACAACAACAGCAACAACCGGUUAACGACAAAAAGCGAGACAGAUCGUCAUCGUCGUCAAGUGAUUCAUCGUCCAGUAGUUCCAGUCGAUCGCGUCGUUCGCAGUCCAGAUCAAAAUCAUUUUCGCGCUCUAGUUCCAAAUCAAAUUCACAGCAUAAAUCCGGUUCGAUGGGUCGGGACCGUAAAUCGAAAUCAUCCAGCCAUGGUAGUCGUAGACGCUCAAGUUCUCGUACAAGAAAUCGCGCAUCGAAUCGUUCCAGAUCACGGUCGAGAAGCAGAUCACCACAACGAGGUAGUAGAUAUAAUGAUGGACGGCGCCGUUAACAGUUAGCAAUUCAAUUAUUUUUGUUGGGUUAAUUUUCGCGUUCACCAUUGCUGAUGGUACCACUCGGAUUGGGACUAACACUCAUUCCAUUCUAAUUUUGUAAUUACGGAGAGACAAUUGAUUUCCUGUUUGCUUCCCGAUUUGAGCAUUUGUUUCCCUUUCAAUUUUACGAGUUCUCUCCUGUACGUAAUGAACAGUUAGUUAAAAUAUAGAGUGAUUGAUGGAGAGAAA